GGCGGCUUCACCAAUAGCAUCUGAAAAAAUUUCGCCUUCGCCUUCUUGCGUUUUUGUUUCUGUUUCUGAUCAGAGCCGACGAUGAAAGCAGCCUCGAAUCUCAGUCCCUCAAUUUCAUUUUCGCCGUCGCACUGCAGGACGACCGCCGUCUUCCCUCUUCGUCGGUGGAUCGCAUCUCCGUCAACGGCCGUCGGCGAUUUCUCGUCGUGCCGUACACAUUUGACUCGCUUUCAAACGCACCGAUCUGUGAUUUCGCCUCUGCGCUGCAAUGGACGGUGCCGGAUCAAGAAAUGGCGUCCACCGAUGAACAAGACCCCCGCAUAGCCAAAAUCGCCAAGGCCAUUCGAGUUAUCCCUGAUUUUCCCAAACCAGGGAUUUUGUUUCAAGACAUUACCACGUUGCUUCUUGAUACAAAGGCCUUCAGGGACACUAUMGAUUUGUUCGUGGAGAGGUACAGAGGGAAAGAUAUCUCUGUCGUUGCAGGAAUUGAAGCGAGAGGUUUCAUUUUUGGCCCUCCGAUUGCUCUGGCUAUCGGUGCGAAAUUCGUUCCGAUGAGAAAACCCAAGAAGUUGCCUGGUCAAGUCAUUUCAGAAGAGUACUCUUUAGAGUAUGGAACAGAUAAAAUUGAGAUGCAUGUAGGAGCUGUCGAAGCUGGAGAACGUGCUCUUGUGAUAGAUGAUCUCAUUGCAACUGGGGGAACCUUGUGUGCAGCAAUACGGCUACUUGAGCGCGUUGGCGUUGAAGUUGUUGAGUGUGCUUGUGUGAUCGAGCUGCAGGGACUACAGGGCCGUGAGAGAUUGGGAAAUAAACCUCUCUUCGUUCUAGUUAACGCGGCAGCAUGAUCGUAGAGCCUUCUUCUGUAACAUGGUGUGUUUGGUGAUGGCGAUAUUACGAUGGUAUCGCUGCUAGAAGUUGAAGUUUCAAAGCAAUGCAUAAUUUUGAAGCGGAGAGUCUGGCUAGAAAUAAAAGGGAUGGUAUUGAUUUGAGAAUUGAGGAGAUUAAACAGAAAAAAAAAAGGUCUGUAGACAGUAUAAGCUUUCGAUUAUUCUGGUGGUAAUGUAUUGUUCUUUGUUAAUUGUUAUGCUCUCUUUUUCUACCUCUGUUUUCUUUGGCUUCACAAGAGCUGAGAAGGCAGCAGUUGGUGUGGAGAAGAAGUGGUUGAUGUUAAUUUUGAAUUUAUGUCAGAAACUUCUUUAUUUUGCAGUUUACUCUUUGCAAUUUUGGCUCUUGAUUUUUCCCUA